AAAGUGGCCGCCUUUGCGUUCGUUAUCCCCGCGGACAUCGUUCCUCCAUUUCCAAUUCUCCUCUCAUUCUGCUCCAAACUUAACCCUAGAUUUCACAAUCGGAACGAGAUGGCAGACAGCGGCGUGGUGACGGUGUAUGGGAAUGGCGCGGCCUUAACAGAGCCCCUGAAGAAGACGACGACGUUCUCUGUAAAGGUAGGUCUAGCGCAGAUGCUCCGCGGCGGCGUCAUCAUGGACGUGGUGAACGCAGAGCAGGCGCGCGUCGCUGAGGAGGCCGGCGCUUGCGCGGUCAUGGCCCUGGAACGCGUCCCCGCUGACAUCCGCGCGCAGGGUGGCGUCGCUAGAAUGAGCGAUCCAGGCCUAAUCAAGGAAAUCAAGCAGGCGGUGACCAUACCGGUCAUGGCCAAAGCCCGAAUCGGCCACUUUGUCGAGGCCCAGAUUCUCGAAGCUAUAGGCGUGGACUACGUUGACGAGAGCGAAGUCCUCACCCCUGCGGACGAUCAUCACCACAUCAACAAACACAACUUCCGUGUCCCCUUCGUCUGCGGCUGCCGCGAUCUUGGCGAGGCCCUUCGCCGCAUCCGCGAGGGCGCCGCGAUGAUCCGUACUAAAGGCGAGGCAGGUACCGGCAACAUCGUUGAAGCCGUUCGCCAUGUCCGUUCUGUUAUGGGCGACAUCCGCGUCCUCCGUAAUAUGGAUGACGACGAAGUGUUCUCCUUUGCCAAAAGGAUUGUUGCCCCUUAUGAUCUUGUCAUGCAGACCAAGCAGCUUGGUCGCCUACCGGUCGUCCACUUCGCAGCUGGUGGCAUCGCUACUCCCGCCGAUGCGGCCCUCAUGAUGCAGCUUGGCUGUGACGGGGUCUUCGUUGGUUCUGGCAUCUUCAAGAGUGGCGACCCUACGCGCAGGGCCAGGGCGAUUGUGCAGGCCGUUACUCAUUACUCUGACCCGGACAUCUUGGCCGAUGUCAGUGCUGGCUUGGGGGAAGCAAUGGUUGGUAUCAAUCUGAACGACGCCAAUGUGGAAAGGAUGGGAGACUAAUGAUCAAGAAGAUGAGUAUUGACAUUUGUAGAUAUCAUAGGGUAUUGACAUUAGUCUUGAUGUUGGGCGUCUUAUCUUAAUAACAAUGAUAUUUGUUGACAACGGAUGUUGACGUCAGUGUUGAUGGCGUGUGUGGCUCAUGUGAGAGAAAUGCAGUGGGUGUCAAUUUGUGGAGCUAUUAUUCUGUCCGGAUACCGGACGGUUCCCCGAGCGCGGUACAUUUUUGAGGUGACGUGGCGUAUUUUUAUUGGUCUCUGGACACCAUUCGAACUCCACAUAGAAUAAUAAAUACAAUUUGUGGGGAUGAUGGUUGCUACCAUUUCUCAAAUUCAGAUUUCAAUUCUAUUGCUCA